UGCUCUCCUUUUCCCAUUCGUCUUCUGUCACUUCCUUCCUGGACGCAGUUUUCUGGUCGAGUCCGGUUACUUUUAAUCCGACCGGCAGCGGAGAGCCACUUUCUCCUCCUCCUCCUCCUCUUCCUCCGCCUUCCUCCUCCUCCUCCUCCUCCUCUUCCUCCUCCUCUUCCGAGCGGCCUUGGCGCGCGCGAAUGCGCGACCCCGCGCGCGCCUCCCCCCGACGCGCGCUCCCUUCGCGCGCGCACACACGCACACAUCGUCUCCAGCUCUCUGCUCUCUCUGCUCGCAGUCACAGACACUUGAGCACACGCGUACACCCAGACAUCUUCGGGCUGCUAUUGGAUUGACUUUGAAGGUUCUGUGUGGGUCGCCGUGACUGCAUGUUUGAAUCAGGUGGAGAAGCACUUCAAGGCUGGACGAAGUAAAGAUUAUUGUUAUUUUCUCUCUCUUUCUCUCUCUCUUAAGAAAGGAAAAUAUCCCAAGGACUAAUCUGAUCGGGUCUUCUUUCAUCAGGAACGAAUGCAGGAAUUUGGGAACUGAGCCGUGCAAGUGCUGAAGAAGGAGAUUUGUUUGAAGGAAACAGGAAAGAGAAAGAAAAGGAAGGAAAAAAUACAUAAUUUCAGGGACGAGAGAGAGAAGAAAAACGGGGACUAUGGGGAGAAAAAAGAUUCAGAUUACGAGGAUUAUGGAUGAACGUAACAGACAGGUGACAUUUACAAAGAGGAAAUUUGGGUUGAUGAAGAAAGCUUAUGAGCUGAGCGUGCUGUGCGACUGUGAGAUUGCACUGAUCAUCUUCAACAGCACCAACAAGCUGUUCCAGUACGCCAGCACCGACAUGGACAAGGUGCUGCUCAAGUACACGGAGUACAACGAGCCGCAUGAGAGCCGGACAAACUCAGAUAUCGUGGAGACGUUGAGAAAGAAGGGCCUUAAUGGCUGUGACAGCCCAGAUCCUGAUGCAGACGAUUCAGCAUUGAACAAGAAAGAAAACAAAGGCUGUGAAAGCCCCGACCCUGACUCCUCUUAUGCACUCACCCCACGCACCGAAGAAAAAUACAAAAAAAUUAAUGAAGAAUUUGAUAAUAUGAUCAAGAGUCAUAAAAUUCCUGCUGUUCCACCUCCCAACUUUGAGAUGCCAGUUUCCAUCCCAGUGUCCAGCCACAACAGUUUGGUGUACAGCAACCCCGUCAGCUCACUGGGAAACCCAAACCUUUUGCCACUGGCUCACCCUUCUCUGCAAAGGAAUAGUAUGUCUCCUGGUGUAACACAUCGACCUCCCAGUGCAGGUAACACAGGUGGUCUGAUGGGUGGAGACCUCACGUCCGGUGCAGGCACCAGCGCAGGGAACGGGUAUGGUAAUCCCCGAAACUCACCAGGUCUGCUGGUCUCACCUGGUAACUUGAACAAGAAUAUGCAAGCAAAAUCUCCUCCCCCCAUGAAUUUAGGAAUGAAUAACCGUAAACCAGAUCUCCGAGUCCUUAUUCCACCUGGCAGCAAGAAUACGAUGCCAUCAGUGAAUCAAAGGAUAAAUAACUCCCAGUCUGCUCAGUCAUUGGCUACCCCAGUGGUUUCCGUAGCAACUCCUACUUUACCAGGACAAGGAAUGGGAGGAUAUCCAUCAGCCAUUUCAACAACAUAUGGUACCGAGUAUUCUCUGAGUAGUGCAGAUCUGUCAUCUCUGUCUGGGUUUAACACUGCCAGUGCUCUUCAUCUUGGUUCAGUAACUGGCUGGCAACAGCAACACCUACAUAACAUGCCACCAUCCGCCCUCAGUCAGUUGGGAGCUUGCACUAGCACUCAUUUAUCUCAGAGUUCAAAUCUCUCCCUGCCUUCUACUCAAAGCCUCAACAUCAAGUCAGAACCUGUUUCUCCUCCUAGAGACCGUACCACCACCCCUUCGAGAUACCCACAACACACGCGCCACGAGGCGGGGAGAUCUCCUGUUGACAGCUUGAGCAGCUGUAGCAGUUCCUACGACGGGAGCGACCGAGAGGAUCACCGGAAUGAAUUCCACUCCCCCAUUGGACUCACCAGACCUUCGCCGGACGAAAGGGAAAGUCCCUCAGUCAAGCGCAUGCGACUCUCUGAAGGAUGGGCAACAUGAUCACAUUAUUACUUAAUAGUUUUUUUUUUUCUUGCAGUGUGUGUGUGUGCUAUACCUUAAUGGGGAAGGGGGGUCGAUAUGCAUUAUAUGUGCCGUGUGUGGAAAAAAAAAAAAAGUCAGGUACUCUGUUUUGUAAAAGUACUUUUAAAUUGCCUCAGUGAUACAGUAUAAAGAUAAACAGAAAUGCUGAGAUAAGCUUAGCACUUGAGUUGUACAACAGAACACUUGUACAAAAUAGAUUUUAAGGCUAAUUUCUUUUCACUGUUGUGCUCCUUUGCAAAAUGUAUGUUACAAUAGAUAGUGUCAUGUUGCAGGUUCAACGUUAUUUACAUGUAAAUAGACAAGGAAACAUUUGCCAAAAGCGGCAGAUCUUUACUGAAAAAGAGAGCAGCUGUUAUGCAACAUAUAGAAAAAUGUAUAGAAGUUUGGACGGACCCGGCAAUGGGUGGCCACUGGCAAAUAUUAGGAACAUGUCUGGUCACCUAACAUCCCGAGCACGCUCACAAACCUGCAGGUGUCUCAUUGGCGUAUGGCACUCAUUAAAAAGGAUCAAAGACCAUUAAAAGAGGACCAUACCUAUUUUUUAAAAAAAAGUGGAGUUUGAGAGCUAACGUAUUUAAUUAAAUAAAUAAAUAAAUCUGGGUCUGCAUCUCUUAUUAAAUAAAAAUAUAAAAAUAUGUACAUUACAUUUUGCUUAUUUUCAUAUAAAAGGUAAGACAGAGUUUGCAAAGCAUUUGUGGCUUUUUGUAGUUUACUUAAGCCAAAAUGUGUUUUUUUCCCCUUGAUAGCUUCGCUGAUAUUUUAAACAGUCCUGUAAAAAACCAAAAAGGACUUUUUGUAUAGAAAGCACUACCCUAAGCCAUGAGGAACUCCAUGCUUUGCUAACCAAGAUAACUGUUUUCUCUUUGUAGAAGUUUUGUUUUUGAAAUGUGUAUUUCUAAUUAUAUAAAAUAUUAAGAAUCUUUUAAAAAAUCUGUGAAAUUAACAUGCUUGUGUAUAGCUUUCUAAUAUAUAUAAUAUUAUGGUAAUAGCAGAAGUUUUGUUAUCUUAAUAGCGGGAGGGGGGUAUAUUUGUGCAGUUGCACAUUUGAGUAACUAUUUUCUUUCUGAUUUCUUUUACUCUGCAUACAUUUUAUAAGUUCAAGGUCAGCUGUCAAAAGGAUAACCUGUGGGGUUAGAACAUAUCACAUUGCAACACUCUAAAUUGUUUUUAAUACAUUAACAAUCUAUUGGGUCAACUGACAUCCAUUGUAUAUACUAAUUAGUUUCUUUCAUGCUGUUUUUGUUUUUUGCAUUUUUAUCAAAUGCAGGGCCCCUUUCUGAUCUCACCAUUUCACCAUGCAUCUUGGAAUUCAGUAAGUGCAUAUCCUAACUUGCCCAUAUCCUAAAGUAUAUGGUUGGUUUUCAGCCUAGAAUUUGAUGUGUGUCUUAGAAAUAUGCCCAGAAUAGAGAAGCUGUGUUGGGGCACAUGUCCUGCAAAUACAGCCCCAGAAACAAGUGAAAUGGAGUUUACUUGGUGAAUGAGUUAUAAAUUCCCACAGAAGAAAAAUGUGAAAGCCUGGGUGCUAGACAAGAGGGAAGCAGGUAAAGGGAUAGUUGCUUUGUCACCCAUUUUUAAUUAUUUUAACUGACCCUUAACAAUCUUGUCAGCAAUAUAGGACUGUUGAACAAUCCCGGUGUGUCAGGACCCCCAAAUGUCACUUCUGCAUAAAGCAUGUAUGUCAUCUAUUUUUUCUUCAAUAAAGAGAUUUAAUAGCCAUUUCAAGAAAUCCCAUUAAAGAUCCUAUGUCCCUUUUUUUAAUUUUCAAGAAAAUAUAACUCUUGUCUAAUAUUCGUCUAUAAGGGAUUAAUUUCAGACCCUUCAAAAAGUGAGUGCCAUAAAAAGUCAAUAUAUAUUGUUUAAAAGAUAUUUCAGUCCAGGAAUGAUUACCUUCUCUUGGAAUGUGAAGAUCUGUCGAUUCAUCUCCAAUCAUUUACAUUGACAUACACAGCAAAGAAGAUAUAGACAGUAAUAUCAGCACUGCUAUAUCAUGUGUAGGACAUUUCUUACCUAUUUUUUUUUCUCUUACUUGCAUAGUUGUUAUGUGUUUCUGAUUGUAAAAGGCUGCCGCUGGGUGGCAGAAGCCAAGAGACCUUAUUAACGAGGCUAUAUUUUUCUUAACUUGAUCUGCAGUCCAUAAUUAGACCACAAUGCACCUUUGGUUGUAUCCAAAUAGGAUGCUAGCCUGCCUUGUACUAAUGUUUUGUAUACUAAAAACAAAAAAAAAUCAAUCAUUUCAUAAUAUCCCACUACUAAAGGUAUCCAUGGAACAUAGGGAAAAAAACAAAAUCAACCCUGAAAAUAUACAUACUCGUGUAUGCACACGGACAUACACAAACAUACAGGGGAAAGAGUAAGAAAAUCAUUUUCCUCACCAUAAACUUGAUCCCAUCCUUAUAACUUACCCUUAUAACUUGAUGUGUACUAAAUAUGCAAACAUAUCACAAAUGUUCUUUGUCAUUUCAAAACACUUCAUCUAUCAAUAUCAGUAGAAUCUUACAAGUGGGUGGGGAGGGGUCAUUAUAUGAAAAUAUGAAGAAAUAGCCAUAUUAAUUUUUUACCUGAAAUUUGCCUCAGCAACAAAGAAAACGUGAAUUUCUAACGCUGAAGAUAAAGUAAGCUAAAGUACUAGCAGAAGCCUUGGCUAUUUAUAGCAGUUCUGACAAUAGUUUUAUAAGAACAUGAAAAGAACAGAAUCACUCAAAAAUGGAUGCCAGUCAUCUCUUGUUCCCACUAUUGAAUUCAUAUAAAGUGGUAGCAAGAUAGCGAAGGGAUAAUCUGAAAAUUUUUUAAAGAUGAUUUAAUGAGAAGAAGCACAAUUUUUGAUUGUGAGCGUCACUUUCUGUAAACAAUCACUGUCUAUAUUUACCCUUAUGCCUUUUCUGUAAUUUACCAUUUAUUGUAUUUGCAAAGUUAGUAUGGUUUUUAUCACAGUAAAUCCUUUGUAUCCAGGAGUUAGGGCAGCGCCCUGAGAAAGUAUUACUUUACAUUACCUGUCCUAGAGCAACAUUUUAGACAACAUUCUUCAUUGCAAGUGCAAGCAAAAGACCAUAAGUGGCAUUUUACACAGCUUCAAGUAUUGUUAUACCUAAUCCUAUCUUAAAAGAUUUUUUUUGGUAAUAUUGAGCUUAAAAAUUGGAAACAGCGAUGCAGUAUUCACAAGCUGCACAACCUGUAUAUUGUAUGCAUUGGUGUGUGGAGGCUGUUCAUUUCAAUCUUUUUAAAACUGCUUUUUAGUAAAAUGGCUUAUUUUUCCCAGAGAUGGAAUUUAACAUUUUGUAAUAAUGAAUAUGAAAAUACCUGUCAUCCUUAGAUCAUUUAAAGGUUAACUAAAAUGAGCAUUUUAAAAAAAUCCCAAUACACUUUUGAAAAGAAUGUCUGCCCUCUCACACUUCUACAUAUUUAUUUUCUUACAUACCUAUCUUUUAAUUUAGAGAUAGCAUUUUUGCUCCUUUAUCCCUUUUGGUUUGUUUUUUCGGAGAGUAAAUGCUUUGUAUUUCUUUCUUUAAAAAAAAAAUUGAAGAAGAAGCCACUUGAACCCUCAAUAAAGGCUGUUGCCUAAGCAUGGCAUACUUCAUCUGUUCUCGUUUGUGCCAUCUGCUGUGAUGUCGUCCCUUGUAUGGCGUUAAUUUCCUGCCACUACAGAUCUUUUGAAGAUUGCUGGAAUUCUGGUGUCUGUUAGAAUGCUUCAGACUACAGAUGUAAUUACAGGCUUUUCUUAAUAUGUUUUAACCAAAGAUGUGGAGCAAUCCAAGCCACAUAUCUUCUACAUUAAAUUUGUCCAUUUUGGUUAUUUUCAUAAUCGGGUAUUGCAUUUCGCCUUCCCUGUUCAUACCUCAGAUUGAUUCAUACCUCAGUUUUAUUCAGAGAGGUCAGCUAAGUAAUGGAUUCUGUUGUGGUUUGCAAGCAGCAUCGGUGUACUCUUAGAGCAAAUAGACCUGGGUCACUGUAGGCAUAGGACUUGGAUUGCUUCAGAUGGUUUGCUGUAUCAUUUUUCUUCUUUUUCUUUUUCUGGGGACUUGUUUCCAUUAAAUGACAGUAAUUAAAAAUAGCUUGUAAAUGAGGGCAUACAAGCAUUUGCAACAAAUAUUCAAAUAGAGGCUCACAGCGGCAUAAGCUGGACUUUGUCGCCACUAGAUGACAAGAUGUUAUAACUAAGUUAAACCACAUCUGUGUAUCUCAAGGGACUUAAUUCAGCUGUCUGUAGUGAAUUAAAGUGGGAAAUUUUCAAAAGUUUCUCCUGCUGGAAAUAAGGUAUAAUUUGUAUUUUGCAGACAAUUCAGUAAAGUUACUGGCUUUCUUAGUGA